AUGGAUAGAGAACAAAAAGACAUGCAAUUCCUAGGCCUCUUUGACAUCUACCUAGAGUCCUACAAGAUCAUCUUCAACUUCAGAAGAAUCUUUAGCAAGAUAUCCCUAGCCUUCAUCCUCCCCCUCUCCCUCAUCUUCCUUGCGAACAUCGCUGUAUCCGACAGCCUAUCCUCCGAUGGAGCCACGUUCUGGCUUGUCGAGUUCAUCUACUUAACCUUCUUCCUCGUUUUCUCUAUCCUCUCCACCUCUGCAGUGGUCUACACCAUGGCCAGUGUCUACACUGGCUAUGAUGUGACCUUUGGAAAAGUCAUAAGUGUGAUUCCCAAGGUCUGGAAAAGGCUCAUGGUGACUUUCUUGUGUGCUUUUCUAGUUAUCUUCUACUGCAACGUGGUUCUUGUGGAUCCCAUAAUCCUUUGGAGGAAAAUCAUUAAGCAUGUUGACAUGAAUAGUUUAGUUUUUUUCCGUGCCUUUGUGAUCUUGUACGUCGUGGUGAUUGUUCACAUGACCGUGGUUUGGUGGCUGGCAAGCAUCGUAUCGGUGUUGGAAGACAUCAAAGGGAUCAAGGCCAUGACCAAGAGUGGAAACUUGAUACAGGGCAAGAUGUGGAUCGCCAUAGUUUUCUUGUUGAAGCUGGAAGCAGCUAUCUUCGGGAUACGGAAACUUUUCAAGAGCCAAGUCGUGCAUACCGGGACGUUCGGCAUUGCGGGUAGGUUCACAUUCGGAUUCCUGUGCUUGUUGAUGAUCUUCAGUGUGUUUUUGUUCGGACUCGUUAUCGAGACGGUGAUCUACUUCGUGUGCAAAUCGUACCACAAUAAGAACAUCAAUAAGUUGUCGUUGUCGGAUCAUCUUGAUGAGGUUUUUCAGGGUGAGUAUAUUCCAACCAAGGCCAAUGAUGACCAGCUUGAAAAAAUCGAUGUGUGA